UGAGCCAAAACGAAACAAAACAAAAGAAAAAGAAGGAAAAGGAAGAAAUCCACCAGCACCACAUGCGCCAAUAAAAUCCUCCAAAAUCCCAAUAGUUCUUCUUCUAACUAUACAAUCCAGUUCCACCACCCGCCAUUUUCCCAACGAUAUUAUCCACAUCCUUGCUGCCCAUCACUUUCCCAUCAUCCAAACACACCCUUCUUAUAUUUCCCUUUUGUCCCAGCUCAACAAGAUUGUUAAUUUUCCCCUUAAAUAGAGGUGAAAAUUUUGUAAUCAAAUGCACUGGAAUUGAUUCCAUAUGGUGGCAUGUCUCUUAUCGUGCCACGUGUCCAUUGUCGACAUGAAUCGGUUGUCUCCUGUCACCGGAUUACUGCCGUGUCUAUGUUCGUAUAAGCUUAGCAGAGAUGCCCACCUCGUGGGUUUUAGGUUUGGAGUUGAUUUACAGAGGAAGGAGCGGUUGAAGAGGAAGCCUAAGCUUGUUGUGAGUGCGGACUUGUCAAGGGCUUUCUCCUUGAGUUUGGGUUUGGACUCUCAGUCCCAUGAUCCGUCACAGUUGCCUUGGAUUGGUCCAGUUCCUGGAGAUAUUGCUGAAGUUGAGGCGUAUUGUAGAAUAUUCAGAACAUCUGAACGGCUUCAUACUGCAUUGAUGGACGCAUUAUGUAAUCCUGUGACAGGGGAAUGUAGUGUUUCAUAUGAUUAUGAGGAAAAACCAUUGUUGGAAGAUAAAAUAGUGUCCGUGCUUGGUUGCAUGCUAUCACUUUUAAAUAAAGAAAAAAGGGAUGUUCUUUCUGGAAGAUCUUCGGUCAUGAAUUCCUUUCAUGCCACAGACGUAAGCAUGAUGGAGGAUAAGCUUCCGCCACUUGCCAUUUUUAGGAGUGAAAUGAAAAGGUGUUGUGAGAGUUUGCAUGUUGCUCUUGAAAACUAUUUGACACUUGAUGACGAUCGGAGCUUGGAUGUAUGGAGGAAACUACAGAGGCUGAAGAAUGUAUGCUAUGAUGCUGGCUUCCCCCGUUAUGAUGAUUAUCCCUGUCAUACACUGUUUGCAAAUUGGAAUCCUGUUUAUUUAUCUACUUCUAAAGAAGAAACAGCAGCCAGAAAUUCUGAAGUUGCCUUUUACAGGGGUGGUCAGGUGACAGAGGAAAGUUUGAAUUGGUUAGUGGAGAAAGGAUUCAAGACUAUCAUAGAUCUCAGAGCAGAAACCAUAAAGGAUAACUUUUAUCAAGCAGCUGUAGAUGCUGCUAUUUUGUCUGGGAAAGUUGAAUUGAUUAAAAUCCCUGUUGAAGUUAGGACAGCACCUUCAGUGGAGCAGGUUGAAAAGUUUGCAUCUUUGGUUUCAGAUUGCAGCAAAAGGCCCAUAUAUCUUCACAGUAAAGAAGGGGCAUGGAGGACUUCUGCAAUGAUCUCCAGAUGGAGGCAGUACAUGACACGUAGUGCAUCUUACUUUAGUACUCCCAGUGAUAUGGUGCCAAAAGGUACAAAUGAAACCAGAGAAUUCCAGGCACCUUCUAUUGCAGGAGAGAAGUCCCUCCUGGAACAGAAAAAUGGAUCACUGCAAGAGGUUGUCGAUGAACUUAAUGGUUCAAAUGGAGUGUCUCAUGAAGUCAUAUCUCAAAUUAAGGAUGAAAUGGACCAAAGCCUUAAUGGGGCCUACAACGAUCUUGUCUCUGAUCAGGGCACAACAUUCAUAAAAACAUUUGAUAAUGUUGGAAGAUAUUCAGCUAACAUUUGCAGAGAAACAGAUCCUCUAAAGGCUCAAAUUCCUCCUUGUGAUAUCUUCUCCAAAGCAGAGAUGUCCAGAUUUUUUAGGACUAAAAGAAUCUCGCCUCCCACUUACUCGAAUUAUCAGUUUAUUAAGUCGAACAAGUUGCCUUUUUCAAGAGAAAAACGUGUUAGAAUGGUGCAAACAAGUGAGAUUGUGAACACUGACGAUGUGUCAGGGCUUGAGAAGACAAAAGGAUCCAAUGGAUCAGUUAGUAUUGAAAAUCUAUCUUCAAAACUUGAGAGCUCUUCGGUCGAAACUCAGAGUCAUCUGAAAAGCGGUAGUCUUGCAUCUAUUGAGUCAGAUUUGUAUGCAUUUGGUGAAGAGAAGAUAUAUUCUGUUCCUGAAACUAAUGUCAAUGCGACUUGGAAGGGCAGCUUAAAUAAGCAUGAUUCCAAAUAUGUUGAGGAGGUUCAUACAAAAAAUGGAGUGAAAUCAGGCUUUAGUGAUGACGAGAUGGGCUCAAUUGAAGGAGACAUGUGUGCUUCUGCAACCGGUGUUGUAAGAGUGCAGUCAAGAAGAAAAGCAGAAAUGUUUUUGGUAAGAACAGAUGGUUUUUCUUGUACGAGAGAAAAGGUUACUGAAUCUUCCUUGGCCUUCACUCAUCCUAGUACUCAGCAACAGAUGCUUAUGUGGAAAUCAACACCAAAGACUGUAUUGCUGUUGAAGAAACUGGGGCAGGAACUCAUGGAAGAAGCCAAAGAGGUUGCCUCUUACCUUUGUCACCAAGAGAAAAUGAAUGUGCUUGUUGAACCUGAAGUUCAUGACAUAUUUGCUAGAAUCCCAGGGUUCGGAUUUAUUCAGACCUUUUACAGUCAAGAUACCAGUGAACUUCAUGAAAGGGUUGAUUUUGUGGCAUGCUUGGGGGGAGAUGGGGUUAUACUCCAUGCAUCAAAUUUAUUUAGAGGUGCUGUUCCCCCUGUUGUAUCCUUUAAUCUUGGAUCUCUUGGAUUUCUCACUUCUCACAGUUUUGAAGACUUCAAGCAGGACUUAAGACGAGUCAUUCAUGGAAAUAACACACUGGAUGGUGUUUAUAUAACCCUUAGAAUGCGCCUCCGCUGUGAAAUAUUUCGCAAUGGUAAAGCAGUUCCUGGGAAAGUUUUCGAUGUCCUAAAUGAGGUGGUUGUUGACCGGGGUUCUAAUCCGUAUCUUUCUAAGAUUGAAUGUUAUGAACAUGACCGACUUAUAACCAAGGUUCAAGGUGAUGGAGUCAUAAUAGCCACACCUACCGGAAGUACUGCUUACUCUACAGCUGCAGGAGGUUCCAUGGUGCAUCCAAAUGUUCCUUGCAUGCUAUUUACCCCAAUCUGUCCGCACUCUCUCUCAUUUAGGCCAGUCAUACUUCCAGAUUCUGCAAGGCUUGAAUUAAAGAUUCCAGAGGAUGCUCGAAGCAAUGCAUGGGUUUCUUUUGAUGGGAAGAGAAGGCAACAACUUUCAAGAGGGGAUUCUGUCCGUAUAUAUAUGAGCCAGCACCCACUUCCAACAGUCAACAAAUCUGACCAAACAGGAGAUUGGUUUCGCAGCUUGAUUCGCUGCCUGAACUGGAAUGAGAGGCUAGAUCAGAAGGCCCUUUGAAAGUUCUGAAACUGAAAAGAAGCCUAUUCCUUUUCCAUUACACGAUUGAGGUUUGUGUAAAUUACUGUACAGAUUGUAAAUUAUAAAAGAACCACAGAAAAUUUUACUAAUACUUGAGUUAAAUGCUAUUCAUCACAACAUAGGAUCCCAUGUGAAGGGUUUGCCCUUUUCUUUUUUUAAUAAAACAGAUGAAUCAUUGUAUUACAUAGGGUCAACAAUUAUUGAUAUAAAAUAUAAUUCACAGCUCCUCUAGAUCUAAA